AUGGCAUCAAUAAAGCCAAAUGUGAUAUUUGUUUUAGGUGGACCGGGAGCUGGCAAAGGUACACAAUGUGUUCGUAUUGCCGAGAAAUAUGGUUAUGUUCAUUUAUCAGCCGGUGAUCUUCUUCGAGAAGAAGCAGCAAAACCUGACUCAGAUUUAGGCCACGAAAUCAACGAACAUAUCAAGAACGGUUCGAUCGUACCCGUUGCAGUGACUUGCAAAUUACUUGAAAAUGCUAUGAAGAAAAGCGGCAAAGGAAAUUUUUUAAUAGAUGGAUUUCCACGUAAUAAAGAUAAUGUUGACGGAUGGAAAAAAGCUAUGGAUGGAAAAGUUAAUGUUCAAUGUGUUCUCUUUUUUGAUUGUGAUGAAAAGACUUGUGUUGCUCGAUGUUUGGAACGUGGUAAAGGAAGUGGACGAACCGAUGACAAUGAAGAAAGUUUAAAGAAACGUAUUGUUACAUAUAAUAAUUCAACACGACCGGUAAUUGAAUUCUAUGAAAAAGAAAAUUUAGUUAAACAUGUUGAUGCUUCGAAUGAUGUUGACAAGAAAUUAAUGUCAUUCGAAGAAGAAUUAAUUGAACAAUUUCAAUAUGAAUUACAAUUAUCUGUUGGUGAUGAAUUAAAAGCUUUACUAAGUUCAUUUAGUGGUAAAGAUAAUUCAUUUUAUGUAUUAGUUAUUAACGAAAAUACAGCUGCUAUUGAUCGAGCUAUGAGUGAAUUACAAGAAGAUCAUAUACCACAUCGAGAAUAUGUUCAAGUACCUGAAAUUAAAACUCUUGUUGUUGCACGAUAUGCUGAUGAUAAAAAAUAUUAUCGUGCAUGGGUGAAAUCAGUUGAUAUACAACAUGAACAAGCUAUAGUUUUUUUUGUUGAUUUUGGUAAUGAAAGUACUGUAUCAUUUUCGGAUGUAUACAUAUGUCCAGAAUCUGUUCGUGAACUUCCAUGGCUUGGAAUACGUGUACAUCUUACAAAUGAAACAAUGACAGCUGAAGAAUUAACAUCAUUUUGGAAAUUAACUGAAUCACAUUAUAUAUGGAUACGCGUUAAUGAAAUAUUCAAAGAUUCAUAUGGUAUACAAAUUAAAAUUGAUUAUACAGUAUAUCUUCAACAAGAACGUCUUAAAAUGUCAACAUUUAAACGAUUUAUUCAUAAAGGUGUACAGACGAAAACGGAUGAAAAAUUUGUAUAUCCAAGAAAUAGUUCAGAAAGAAAUUCAUGUUUAUUAACACCAUCAAAAAUUGAUCAAACACAAAUAGGAAAUGAAAAUUUUUUUCGUAAUUUAGUUGAAAUGAUUAAUAAUGAAUUACGUUCACUUCGACAACGUAUUAAUGGUAGUGAUGAAGCAUCACAAGAUCGACACAAUCAACUUACGCAAUUAUUAUUUUCGAUAGUGAAUUCAAAUAAUAGUAAUAAUCAAAAAAAGAUUUGUUGA